AUGGUGCUUCAUAAGAAGAACCUUCCUAUAGAGAUGGUGCUUCAUAAGAAGAACCCUCCUAUAGAGAUGGUGCUUCAUAAGAAGAACCCUCCUAUAGAGAUGGUGCUUCAUAAGAACCUUCCUAUAGAGAUGGUGCUUCAUAAGAAGAACCCUCCUAUAGAGAUGGUGCUUCAUGAGAAGAACCCUCCUAUAGAGAUGGUGCUUCAUGAGAAGAACCCUCCUAUAGAGAUGGUGCUUCAUAAGAAGAACCUUCCUAUAGAGAUGGUGCUUCAUAAGAAGAACCCUCCUAUAGAGAUGGUGCUUCAUAAGAAGAACCCUCCUAUAGAGAUGGUGCUUCAUAAGAACCCUCCUAUAGAGAUGGUGCUUCAUAAGAACCUUCCUAUAGAGAUGGUGCUUCAUAAGAACCCUCCUAUAGAGAUGGUGCUUCAUAAGAAGAACCUUCCUAUAGAGAUGGUGCUUCAUAAGAAGAACCUUCCUAUAGAGAUGGUGCUUCAUAAGAAGAAUCCUCCCAUAGAGAUGUUGCUUCAUAAGAACCUUCCUAUAGAGAUGGUGCUUCAUAAGAAGAACCCUCCUAUAGAGAUGGUGCUUCAUAAGAACCUUCCUUUAGAGAUGGUGCUUCAUAUGAAGAACCCUCCUAUAGAGAUGGUGCUUCAUAAAGGCCUGAUUCCACCGGAGGCGUCGGUGGGCCGCUGCGCCUGUACGAUGAGGUGA